CUUGCGGCGCGGAGGCGGCCCGCGGGCAGUCGGGCGCGGCGGUAGUGAGCGGGAGGAGCUGGCGCAACCCGAAGGCCGCUGGGGGCGACGGCGCGGGCCGGGUCGGCGGGAUUUAGCUGGUGGAGAAUGGGGGAGAUAGAAGGAACAUACAGAGUCCUGCAGACUCCGGGGACACGCUUGGGCAGCCUGACCCCCACAGAGGUGAGCACCCUCGAGCCUGGGCAGACACUCUCAGUAACAGCGGCACGGGCGUCAGCUAGAAUGCAGGAGAAGCACCUUCACAUCCGAGUGAAGCUGCUGGACAACACCGUGGAAAUAUUUGACAUUGAGCCUAAGCGCGAUGGCCAGAUGUUGCUGACUCAGGUAUGGAGGCGCUUGAACCUGACGGAGUGUGAUUACUUCGGGCUGGAGUUUCAGCACCCCCGGUCCUACUGGAUUUGGCUGGAACCUAUGAAGCCCAUCAUUAGGCAAGUACGAAGGCCAAAGAACGCGUUGCUUCGCCUAGCAGUGAAAUUUUUCCCACCUGAUCCGGGUCAGUUGCAGGAAGAAUAUACAAGAUACCUGUUUGCCUUGCAACUUAAGAGAGACCUCCUGGAGGAGCGUCUGCCCUGCACAGACACCACGGCUGCCCUCCUGGCAUCCCACCUUCUGCAGGCGGAAAUAGGAGAUUAUGAUGAAACCCUGGACCGAGAGCACCUCAAAGCCAAUGAGUACCUGCCCAGUCAGGAGCAUUCUCUUGAGAAGAUUCUGGAAUUCCACCAGAAGCACACGGGCCAGACGCCUGCUGAGUCGGAUUUCCAGGUGCUCGAAAUUGCCCGGAAGUUGGAAAUGUAUGGCAUCAGAUUUCACACGGCUUCUGACAGGGAGGGGGCCAGAAUUAACCUGGCUGUUUCCCACAUGGGUGUCCUCGUGUUCCAGGGCACCACCAAAAUUAACACUUUCAACUGGUCCAGGGUCCGAAAACUCAGCUUUAAGAGGAAAAGGUUUCUUAUCAAAUUGCACCCAGAGGUCCGUGGACCUUACCAGGACACACUGGAGUUCUUGCUGGGCAGUAGAGAUGAAUGCAAGAAUUUCUGGAAGAUCUGUGUGGAGUAUCACACCUUCUUUAGACUCCUGGAUCAACCUAAGGCCAAAGCUAAAGCCGUCUUCUUCAGCCGGGGCUCGUCCUUCAGAUACAGUGGAAGAACACAGAAACAGCUGGUGGAUUAUGUCAGAGACAGUGGGGUGAAGAGAGUUUCAUAUGAAAGAAGACACAGCAAGACUCGGAUGUCUAUUCGUGCUCUGACUGCAGACUUGCCAAGGCAGAGCAUCUCAUUCACCGAGGGCUUGAGGACUUCCGCAUCCCCAUCUUCAACAAAUGUCUCCUUCUAUUCAGUUCCUACCUCCCCUCUGGCCCCUCGAGGCCCACCCGAUUUCAAAGACAGCAGCAGUUCCCUCACAGAGCCCCAGGCUCCUGACGCCAAGAGGCCAGCUGCAGAGAGGAGCAGCGGAGCAGCAGCCGACGGCGACACCCGAUGGGCCCAGUCCCCGGGGCCCCCUGCGCUGCAGCCUUGUCAAGCUGCAUCUUGUGUAGAGCAGAGGAGAACCCCUAGACAUGCUGAGCCCUGGGUGUCCGAACCGCCAGUGGUUGGUCUCUGGAACUGGAUUGGCCAGCCGCCAACCUGCUUGCAUCUCACUGUGUCACAGCGACAACUGUAUGUGACCGAGGCUUCAUUUACACACCUCCCAGAAGGCCUUUCCAUGGAGAGUCCUCAGCCUUCUCCCACCACUCGGAAGAGCCCACUGAGCCUGAGCCCUGCGUCUCAGGUGACCCUGGGCCCAGCUGGGCAAAGCUUGUCCCCCCUCCUGAGCCCUGUCCUUAGCCACGUUGGCGGAGCCAGGACGGACAACGAGGAACAGCCGAAACACAAGAGCAUGGCAGCAGAUGAGGCCUAUUUCAUAGCCAAGGAGAUUCUCGCUACAGAACGAACAUACCUGAAGGAUUUAGAAGUUCUCACUGUGUGGUUCCGCAGUGCUGUGGUCAAGGAGGAUGCCAUGCCCGCAGACCUGAUGACCCUGCUCUUCUCCAACAUAGACCCCAUCUAUGAGUUCCACAGAGGCUUCCUGCGUGAGGUGGAGCAGAGGCUGGCACUCUGGGAAGGGUCUUCUGACACCCAUGUCCCAGGCGGUCAUCAACGAAUCGGGGAUAUCCUGCUCAGGAACAUGCAUCAGUUAAAGGGCUUCACCAGCUGCUUCCAAAGGCAUGAUGAAGUCCUGACAGAACUGGAAAAGGCCACCAAACGCUUGAAGAAGCUCGAGGCAGUGUAUAGAGAGUUCGAGCUCCAGAAGGUCUGCUACCUGCCCCUCAACGCCUUCCUGCUGAAGCCCAUCCAGCGCCUGCUGCACUACCGCCUGCUGCUGGGCCGCCUGUGCACGCACUACGGGCCGGCCCAUCCCGACCAUGCUGACUGCCACGAUGCCCUCCAGGCCAUCACAGAGGUGACCUCCACUCUCCAGCACAGCCUCGCCCGGCUGGAAAACCUCCAGAAGCUCACAGAGCUGCAGCGGGACUUGGUCGGCAUAGAGAAUCUUAUCACUCCCGGCAGGGAGUUCAUCCGCGAGGGCUGCCUUCACAAGCUCACCAAGAAGGGCCUCCAGCAGAGGAUGUUUUUCCUGUUCUCAGAUAUGCUGUUGUACACAAGCAAAGGGGUCACAGGCAGCAGCCACUUCCGGAUCCGGGGCCGCCUUCCCCUCCGUGGCAUGCUGCUAAUAGUGCUGGACCCACCGGUAGAGGAAGGGGACCACGAACGGCCUGUUCCCCACUGCUUCACCAUUUGUGCAGCUCAGAAAACAGUCGUGGUGGCAGCCAGCACUCGCCUGGAAAAGGAGAAGUGGAUAUGUGACCUGAACACUGCCAUCGAUGCAGCCAAGAGCAGGAGUGGUCAGUCCCUAGUGCUGCCGGGCAGCGUGGUGUGCAUGCCUCCCUCCAGAUGCAUGGAGGAGGUCUCUCCAGAGCAGGAGUCCGAGGAUGCACGCAGCUCCCGCGGCUCCCUAGAAGGCCAGGGGCAGCCCCGGGCCAACACCACGGUGCGCGUGUGCUGGUACCGAAACACCAGCGUGUCCAGAGCCGACCACAGCGCAGCGGUCGAGAAUCAGCUUUCGGGGUAUCUGCUAAGAAAAUUCAAGAACAGUAAUGGCUGGCAGAAGCUCUGGGUGGUCUUUACCAAUUUCUGUUUGUUCUUCUACAAAACGCAUCAGGACGACUACCCACUGGCCAGUCUCCCGCUGCUGGGCUACAGUGUGAGCGUCCCCAAGGAGGCUGAUGGUGUCCAUAAGGAGCACGUCUUCAAGCUCCAGUUCAAAUCCCAUGUCUACUUCUUCCGAGCAGAGAGCAAGUACACGUUUGGAAGUGAACAUCUUGGGAGCUUCUGGUCCAACCUCAUCUCCAGGUGGAUGGAGGUGAUCGAGAGAGCCGGCAGCUCACCUGGGAGGGCCAGGCGACCUGAGGAAGAGGCGUGAAGGCCAUCCUGCCCAACAAGGACAGAGCCGAGGAAGCAGAGCUGGUUCAGCACAUACCCCAUGUAACAGCAUCCCCAGUGUAGGAUGGGGUAGGAAGCCUCACAGUGACCUCUGGGAGGGGCGGGGAAGGACACCCAGAGGAUCACACAUACAUGUGAAACCGCAGGCCCAGCUCAAGGUGGAGACCGAGCCCAGCACUACCCCACCCUUCCCCCUCGCUGGGCAGCGCCUAUUGAGGACUGGCCCAGAGCAGGACCCUGUGACUCAUGCCGCAUACGUGCCCGGUAGAAGCCACUCUGGCGCCUGCCCCACAGACCUCUGGGGAAGUGGAAGCCAAGUCCCCGAAAGGCCUCCAGUUCAUCAGUUCCCAGUGUUUCCUAACAAACUCAAGUACAUGGAUGCGCUGUUUGUCGUCGUGUAACGUGCAUGCGCUGCUGGAUAAAGGGCCUGUCCCCGUGGUCACCACGUACUAGGACUAGGACACAGAAGCCAGGAACAGGCCCCAACCAUGGCCAGCAUCUCUCCAAUCCGGGUCUUUAUUGAAAGUGGCAGGGGCCUCUCAAUGUUCUAUGAAAACUAACACCUUAACCUCAGAACAUUUAGGGAAGCAAGGAGUUUCAUUUUCUUUUAGAAAAAAAAAAAAAAAACAA